AAAACACCCUAAGACUUGGACUUGCCACGGUGGCCUCGUGCAACGGCCGCACUCGCUGGCCGUCGUCGGCCGUCGCCUCUCGUCGCCUGUUCCAUGAUAGACUUUGACGAGCUUGACGAGGUCGAACCUGAACGCCGGCUCUAUGACAUUGUGGUCUUUGGCUGCACCGGCUUCAGUGGUUGCCUCGUGGUAGAGCACCUAGAUAUGCUCUUAGAGAAGGCAAAAGAGAAAAAUGUCUCCUGGGCCUUGGCGGGAAGGAACCGCGACAAGCUGGCGAAAAUGGCCAGCAAGUGUCGAACACGACCGAAGGUGAUCGUAGCCUCUACCCCGGAGGAGAUUCACCAGAUGGCUGAAGAGGCCACGGUCAUCAUUGCCCUUGCAGGGCCUUACUUGGACUGCGGCGAGCAGGUCGUGAAAGCGUGUGUUGAGAAAGGCACGCACUAUGUGGACAUCACGGGGGAGGUUAAUUUUGGCCACUUCCUCAUCAGUAAGUACCACCAGCAAGCUAAAGAAAAGAGCUUGCGGCUUGUGCAAUUUGCGGGCGCAAUGUGCGUGCCAGAUGACAUGGGAGCAUACUUGCUCGCUCGAAAGCUGGGCCCCUUGAAGCAGCUCCGGGUUUAUACCUGGGGCUAUAGCUUCCGGGGUGGUGGAUCCUUCCAGACGGGCCUCACGGUCGUGGAGCGAAUGCUGCCUGAUUCAAUGGCCGUGUACCAUCAUCCCUUUAGCCUUGGAGGCCAUCGCAAAGCUGACUUGCGACCAGAGGAGUUCGAUUGUCGUGCCACUGAAGCUGAUGCGCUUUUCCCCACAACCUGGGUUAUGCCCGGCUACGUCUCCCAUACCACAAGCCGCGUGUUGCGGCGAUCUUGUGGCCUCUUUGAGGAGUUGACCAUGGAGGAUGCACCGAAGUAUGGCGAGAACUUGAUGGUGGUGGUGCGCGAUUUGGCCCUUGACAAGAAGGAGGCAGAGUAUGCAGCUUGGGCCAAUCCUGUGCCUGCGGACAUCAAGGACACGAUGAAGCAGGCGCGAACGAUGGAGGAGAUGCGUCGCAGGGGCGUCGUGCCUCCGCCUGGCCUGGGACCUCCAAAGGAGGCGCGCGUGUUUGGCUUCACGGAGACCUAUGUGGUGGCCGAAGCAGAGAGUGGCCACUGGGGCUACGUGCACUUCACGGGGCCUGAGGGCUACGAGGUCACUGCCGUCACCUGUGCCUGUGCGGCUUUGGUGCUUCUGGAGGAGCAAGAGGCCUUGUCCGCCUCUGGAGUGCUGACGCCUGCCGUGGCUUUCCAUGGUACCAGCUUCUUGGACCGUCUGCAGGCCGAUAGCUUCGCUGGAGGACCAAAGCUACACUUCGAGGUGUGUGAUGGGAAGCCCAGCGAAGAUGAGGUCAUUGCAGCCCUGACAGCUGCUGCGAAGAAGAGGCAAAAGGCCAAUGAGCAGCUGGAAUCUGGUCUGAAGGCCUGGGACCUCCCUGCGCUUCUAAAAUGAGAUCAUAACGAGUGCAGAAAAAGAUGCGACCUUCACAUGCUGGUUUCACAUGGCUCGACAGAUAGUUUUCUUUUUUUCCCCGGAAUCUCGUGAGCAAAGUCCUGUUGGUAUGUCAGCACUGGCACUGGACAAUAUUGAUGAGAAUUUCCGAAGGCUAACUUACUUGGGCUUUCAACGUGACCUUCGCAGCAGUGAAAUCACACGGUAAGUGGGAUGAUGAAGCUCUAAGCAGCUAUUGUAGCUGCUUGGUCACAUUCC